AGAUUUCUAAUCCACUAUUAGGGCAGAGUAAACAGCACAGUUUUCGCAGGAUUUUGAAAGGAUAACACAUCCGUGAUUUGGACAUGACUACUCCGGAAGUAAUACGUAGCGUUAGCUAGUUUGCUUGACCGAGUUGGAACAUUCAAAUUAAAGUGCAUCUUCCUGGUUCAGAGAUUGUGCUUGGUUUCAGUAACAAGUUUCAGCUGUAGUCAAUGUUGCAUCUUAAACCGCCGUCCACGGGUUGUGGUUAGUGUCUGCGAAAGGCGAGUUAUAAACAAUAAUAAAUCCAAGCCAGAGGAAAUCCGUUGCCUGGACAUUCCACUUCUAUCAGCCCCAUAAGUGCAAAAUAUGGACCAGAAUAACAGCUUGCCUCCCUUCGCCCAGGGACUGGCAUCUCCUCAGGGUGCGAUGACGCCUGGCAUCCCCAUCUUCAGCCCUAUGAUGCCCUACGGCACAGGGCUCACCCCCCAGCCUGUGCAGAACACCAACAGCCUGUCCGUGCUGGAGGAGCAGCAGAGACAGCAGCAGCAGGCUGCCUCCCAGCAAGGCGGGGUGGCGGGCAUGUCCGGACAAACCCCCCAGCUCUACCAUUCCCAGACCAUGACCACCACAGCCCUGCCGGGCAACACCCCCCUCUACACGACACCUGUCACCCCAAUGACCCCCGUCACGCCGGCCACGCCCGCCUCGGAGAGCUCCGGCAUCGUCCCUCAGCUCCAGAACAUUGUGUCUACUGUAAACUUGGGCUGCAAACUGGAUCUGAAAACAAUAGCACUACGAGCCAGAAAUGCCGAAUACAACCCAAAGCGUUUUGCUGCUGUUAUCAUGAGGAUCAGAGAACCAAGGACAACUGCCCUCAUCUUCAGCUCUGGGAAAAUGGUGUGCACAGGAGCUAAGAGUGAAGAACAGUCCCGCUUAGCAGCCAGGAAAUAUGCCAGAGUGGUGCAGAAAUUGGGAUUCCCUGCUAAAUUUCUGGAUUUUAAGAUCCAGAACAUGGUGGGCAGCUGUGAUGUGAAGUUCCCCAUUCGGCUAGAGGGUCUGGUACUCACUCAUCAGCAGUUCAGCAGCUACGAACCAGAGUUGUUUCCAGGGUUAAUCUACAGAAUGAUCAAACCCAGAAUCGUCCUCUUGAUAUUUGUCUCUGGGAAAGUUGUGCUGACAGGUGCUAAGGUCAGGGCAGAAAUCUAUGAAGCAUUUGAAAACAUCUACCCCAUUCUAAAAGGAUUCAGGAAGACAACGUAAUCAGUUUGAUGGACCUGUAUUUUCCCUUGCGGUGUCAUUUUGGCUGGUGAACUGGGUUUGCAUUCUGACCGGUGAGCUGGGGACUCUCAGACUGUACAGAUGGACCUAAUGUGGGGGUGAACCCUCUUCCAUUGCUGGGUUUCACUGGCAGGGAAAGUAUUUUGCCCGUUGUAAUGUUUUGUAAAUUUUUUCCUUCGCUGUGCUCCUAGAACAUAACACUUGACAAACUCUUUUACUGGAUGAAAACUUAUCCACAGAACAAUUUUUUUUGAACCCAUCAAGGCAUUUUCAAUGUUUUGGAUUUCCUUUUUUUCCUCAAAUGAACACUUUUCUUUUCAACAGAAGAUCAUUUUAUUUUCAAGUUGAUUGUGUAAAUGUGGAAAGAAAUUCACACGUGUCUGGUUAAGGUACAUUACAAGUUGAGCAGUGCAGUUUGUAGAUUCUCUGGUGUAAGACAGAGUAUCAACCCUUUAAGUUUUAUUAUCCAGUAUAGUACGUAAGCACUCAAGGUAAGUAAAACAAAUGAUUUCGGAAAGUUUAGUUUCCUUGAUAAUGGAAUCAUACAGUUGAAGUAGUAAAUUAAAGGUUAUUUUAAUUUUUUAAAUUGCAUUUUAUUUCGUUUAAUCAGAUUUUUAUGCAGUUUUUGAACGAUUGGCUUGUUCUGCCAUUUUCAAAACUUGAGUUUUAUUGUAUGUGUACAUGUGAAAAUAAUGUCCCAUCAGUAACCCCUAAAACCAUUUUAUUUGGAAGUAUAAGGUUCUGUGUAACUACCAGAUAUUAUAUUUACCCUUUGCAUUUCUGUAAUUAACACCAGUCAUUAUAUGCAUAUACAGGAAAGAACUUUCCUACAAACUUCAAACACACACUGAUGGGAUAUUUAACUUUUUUUUUUAUUUUGCAUUUUAAAUGUUUUCGAAAGGUAUAUUUGUGUUCCAUAGUGACAGGCCCAGGUGUAAACAACAUUCAGACAAAACCAUAUUUGAAACACUGAUUGAUUCAUUCUUCCAAUGCUGUUCGUAUGACAUUCAUUGUAAACUGUCAACUGUAUCAAACAAUAUAAUAAACUUUUUUAUUUGAGUAAAAGGUCUGGAUUAAGCAUAGUCGGGUGUCAGGAGUGUAGUUUUUACUCAGUGACCACUUGAUUAGGUAGACCUGUACACCAGCUUGUUAAUGCAAAUAUAUGAUCAGCCAAUCAUGUGGCAGCAACUGAAUGCAUAUAACCGUGCAGAUGUGGUCAAAAUCAAACAGGUCAGUUGUUCAGAACAAACAUCAGAAUGGGGAAUAAAUGUGAUCUAAGUGA